AUGGAUACUAAAGACUCAAAUAACUCGAGAAUAUUUAUUGACGGUGUAUUUGACUUGAUGCAUGCUGGUCAUUUUAAUGCACUAAGGAAAGCAAAACAAUUUGGAAAUGAAUUAGUUGUUGGCAUUAAUUCUGAUCUUGACUGCUUUAAUUUAAAGGGUUGUUACCCUAUUUAUAAUCAGGAUGAACGUGGAGAGCUUAUGAAAGGCUGCAAGUGGGCUGACGAGAUUGUGAUCGGAACCCCGUACAAAGUUGAAGGAAGUUUACUAGAUCAAUUAAACUGUGAGUUUGUUGCACAUGGCGAUGACCUUGUACUAUGUUCAGAUGGAACCGAUCCAUAUAAUGAACCAAGAAUAUUAGGAAGGUUAAAAAUAUUUCAAAGAACCGAAGGUGUUAGCACAACUUCAGUAAUUACCCGCAUUUUCCGUGCUCUAGGUUUAAAAUUUGAAGAUAUUUCACCCUUGAAUAGUUCUGAUCAUUCAAAUAUGUUUGGUAAAAAGGAAGUAUGUAGUGUAUCAAAAAUUGACAGAUUUUUCGAUGGCGAUUAUUCUCCUUGCCAAAGUUUGAUUUCUGCAAGUAGAGUAUUAAGUUUUGCUGGUGGAAUAGCAUGUGCAAAACAAAUAUAUAGCUCAAAUCCCAACAUUACGUAUGUUGAUGGAAGCUUUGAUAUCUUUCAUAUUGGUCAUUUGCGAUUUCUUGAACGAGUUAAGAAAAUUUUUGGUGGGCUCCUAAUUAUCGGUAUUUAUGAUGAUAUAACAACUCAAUUGAUUUAUGGAAACGGGUUCCCAAUACUUAAAAUGAUGGAGAGAGCGCUUACACUAUUAUCUAUGCGUGUUGUGGAUGAUGUAAUAUUUGGUGUUCCAAUAAAGAUCACGAACAAACUUAUAGAAACUUACAAAAUUAAUAACGUUGUUUCAUGCAAGAUGAUAGAAAAUUAUGUCAGCUUCGAACAUGUAAAAAAAAAUAAUUUUAUAGAUUCAGAAAAUUCAUCUGAAUACAUGUUAAAACUCGAAGAAUUUUGCUAUGAAAUUCCAAAGAGGAUGGGGAUAUUUUGCAAUACCUCAAUUCUUGAAAAGGAUGAAAUUUGUACUAACAACGAUAUAUUUUCGCGUAUAAUAGACAAAAAGGAUUCCAUUUUAUAUAUUAUUAAAAAAAGAUGGGCAGGAGAAAUAAAUUUUUAUAAAGAUGACGUAAAUAGUAAAUUAUUAACUAGUUAG